AUGAGCGCCAUCGACGAUGCCACAGGCGAGUACGCCUUUCUGGCGAAACUUGUCCAGCAUAUGGACCGACACCUCGUUUUCCCCUUACUUGAACAUCAACUCAACUCGGAAACCAUCUCACAGGAGCGCUACGAUGACCUCAAACUCGCCAUUUUCAACCUUCUGAAAAAUACAAACAUGAUCGACUACGUGGGAAAUCUGUACCAGGAGAUCCAUAAGACGGAGGCCGUCCCUGCCGAGUACUCACAGAAGAGAGAGGAGGUCCUGAAAAGAUUGGCUGCGUUUGAAGAAGAAACCGCACACCUCACAAAUCUCCUCAGCGAUGAAGCCGUGACUUCUCAAUUGCGCAGCGACAAAGUCGCCAACUUGAAAUUCUUGGAAGAACAGCACAACGUCACACCGCAGAUGGUCGACAAGCUCUACGAGUUUGGUCGGUUCCGAUACGAGUGCGGUCUGUACCCCGAGGCAGCCGAUCUGCUGUACCGUUUUCGCGUGCUGUCAACAGACAACGACAAAGUGGUCAAAGCGACAUGGGGAAAGCUGGUUUGCGAGAUCCUCGGCGAAGAGUGGGAGAACGCAUUAGAAGAGGUCGAGAAAGUCAAGGAGCACAUUGAGACGCGGCUGUUUAAUAACCCGCGCGCGCAACUCACGGCUCGCGAGGCUCUCGUCCACUACGCCCUGUUCCCCUUCUUCAACUACGAACCAGCCCGGGAGAAGCUUACGGACCUAUACUUCUCGGCGCCAUAUAUCAGCACCAUCCAGACUGUCUGCCCUUGGAUUUUGCGGUAUCUGGCCGCUGCGGUCAUCACAAACCGUAACCGCCUGAAUAACUCUCACAACUACCAGAAACAGCUCAAGGAUCUUGUGCGCGUGGUCAAGCAGGAAGUCUACGAGUAUCAAGACCCGGUCACGGAGUUCAUCAAGGCUCUGUACAUCGACUUUGACUUUGAAGGGGCCCAGAAGAAACUGUCCGAGGCCGAAGCCAUCCUACGAGGCGAUUUCUUCUUAGGUUCAUCCACUGAUGCCUUUUUGGACGCCGCGCGACAUUUGAUCUCCGAAACCUACUGCAAGAUCCAUCAGAGGAUCGAUAUCCAGGACCUCUCCACCCGCCUCGGCCUGUCCUCAGACGAAGGCGAGAAAUGGAUCGUCAACCUGAUCCGCGAUACCAGGGUCGACGCAAAGAUCGAUUACCAGGCCGGCACCGUCGUUAUGAACCACCCGCCCCAGAGCGUGUAUCAGCAAGUCAUUGAGAAAACCAAAGGCGCUUUCUUCCGCACUCAAGUUCUUAGCGCUGCUGUGGCAAAGUGA